CGUCACCUUUGUCCCCAGUUAGAAGUCUCUGCGGACUCACCUGAACUCAGACUCCCCAGACAUGGAGGAUGCUGCUCACGGGGUCCCCAACCCUCCUCCUGCUGCUCUGGGGGGCCCUGACCCUGACCCAGACCUGGGCGGGCUCCCACUCCCUGAGAUAUUUCUCCACCGCCGUGUCCCGGCCCGGCCGCGGGGAGCCCCGGUACCUGGAGGUCGGCUACGUGGACGACACGCAGCUCGAGCGGUUCGACAGCGACUCCGAGAGUCAGAGGGCGGAGCCGCGGGCGCCUUGGGUCGAGCUGGUGGAUCCGGGCUCUUGGCACGGGAGCAGGCGGGACAUCUGGAGAGACAUAUAUACUUCCCGAAGGAACCUGCGCUACCUGCGCGACUACUACAACCAGAGCCGGGACGGGUCUCACACGAUCCAGGGGAUGUGGGGCUGUGACAUGGGACCGGACGGCCGCCUCCUCCGCGGGUAUCACCAGUCCGCCUACGAUGGCACCGACUACAUCGCCCUGAACGAGGACCUGCGCUCCUGGACCGCAGCCGACACAGCUGCGCAGAUCACCCGGCGCAAGUGGGAGGCAGAAGGUGUGGCUGAGCGAGUCAGGAACCAAAUGGAGGACCUUUGUAUAGAGUGGCUGCGCAGACACCUGGAGAAAGGGAAGGAGGUGCUGCAGCGCGCAGACCCUCCAAAGACACACGUGACCCACCACCCCAUCUCUGACCGUGAGGUCACCCUGAGGUGCUGGGCCCUGGGCUUCUACCCUGCGGACAUCAGCCUGAGCUGGCAGCGUGAUGGGGAGGAGCAGACCCAGGACAUGGAGCUGGUGGAGACCAGGCCUGCGGGGGAUGGGACCUUCCAGAAGUGGGUGGCCCUGGUGGUGCCCCCUGGAGAGGAGCAGAGAUACACAUGCCAUGUGCAGCAUGAGGGGCUGCCCGAGCCCCUUACCCUGAGAUGGGAGCCGCCUCCUUGGGUCACCAUCCCCACUGUGGGCCUGGUUGUGGGCCUGGUCAUCCUUGGAGCUGUGGUCACUGGAGCUGUGAUGUGGAGGAGGAAGCACUCAGGUGGACAAGGAGGGAGCUAUGCCCAGGCUGCCAGCAGCGAUGGUGCCCAGGGCUGUGAUGUAUCUCUCACGGCUUCUAAUGCCACUGAACUGAGUUUGUUCAUGAUCAUUUUCUUCCACAGGGUGAGGCACGUGCCUUGUGGGGAACUGAGUGAUGGGAGAUUUGUUCACGCUCCCACUUUGUGAUUCAGGAAACUCUGAUUUCUUUCUGCAAACGGCAUCUGAAUGUGUGUGUUCCUAUCAGCGUAAUGUGAGGAGGUGGGAGGCUGUCCCACCCCUGCCCACCACACCCCCUCCCCAGCCUUUCCUGUCCAGGUGAGGUGGGGCUGGGUCCUCCCCAUUCCUGUUUUUACUUCCUGGUGCGCUCAGCUGCAGCUUCUUACUACCUGAUUGAAAUAAGAGUCUGGAUAUACACUCUUCUUCACUUCUUGCCAUGAAGGGGUGAUGAGUUCCUUAAAGGAGAACAGCCCAGCUGGUGUGCCUCAGUGGUUGAGUCUCCACCCAGGAACCAGGAAGUCAUGGCUGGAUUUCCUUUCAGAGCAUAUGCCCAGAUUUCAGCUCAGUUCCCACCAGGGUCAUACAAGUGACAGCCAAUGGAUGAUUCUCUCUCAUCAUUGAUGUUUCAAUCUGCCUCUCCCUCCUCUUUCCUCUCUCAGAAAAUCAAUAAAAACAUAUUUUUAAAAAGAA